AUGACUAUCCAAGAUGAAUCUAUACGUCCAAUGCAAAUCAAAAUCCUCUACUCGUUAGACACUCAACCUAACGUGUAUUUAUCACGAUCAGAAAGUUUACUUCCUGUUAAAACUGUUCAAAUACCACUAGGUUCAGACCAAUCUGAACUAAUAACACUAGGAGGAUUGGAACUUAAAGAUUGUGUUCAACAAGUUGUAAAAUCAGCUCCAGACACGUUCAAUUUGACUUACCGUGAUUUCGAAGUAUAUUACCAAGAUAUUAGUGAACAACCUCAUGAACCAUUUGUUGCUAAUGGUGUAAUUUCAAAUUUGCUCAAUUCUAAUGAGUCAUGCUUGGUUCCUGGUAGAGUUUGUCAAAGUUUAGGUGCAAGCUCCAUAUUUGGUAACAAAUCAAGAUCAUCGUCGGAAAUUCUUGAAAUUAGAAUGCAAUUGCGUACUAUUGAAAAACCAAAGGAAAUCUCUCAACCACAACAGCAGCAGCAACAACAACAACAGCAGCAACAACAAUCACAACAGGUAUCUUCUUCUCAUUCAGGUCAUCAGUAUAGAAAAGCUCAAAGAAGCAAUCUGCAAAUUAUCAGUGAGAGAAAAAGAGCACAUGAAUAUUCAUCGUCACAUUAUUCAACAAAUUAUCCUGCGGCAAAAGCAACUAGAACUUUGUCAUUGCCUUCAUUUCCAGAAUCUUCAUCAACCACUCCACGUCAUAGAAGAGAUAAAGUUGAAGAAAGGUUUAAGAAUGCACCAUUUUUUCAAAGUCUUGAUAAAGUUACAUAUGAUAGUCGAAGUAGCCAAAGACGCGUUACUAAUUCCAAUUCCUCGUCAUCUUCCUCACUUCAACCACAACGUGCUUCUCGUACGCGAUCCAUGAUUACUUCAUUUACCCCGGCUAUAUCUUCUCCUAUCAAUGAAGAACCAUACUCAGAUGACCCAGACUAUAAUAUUAUUGAAGAUCAUAUUCCAAAUGAGGAUGAUGAAAGUAUAGGAGAAAACUCAUCGGCAUCGUCACCUUACACUCCACAACAACCUCCAUACAAACCUCCUACCCCAACACAAUUACCAGAUGAUCUUGACAGUAUACGAAGUCACACUAUUCAAAGUUCCAAAUUACCUUCAAAUCAUGGUUUAGUUUGUAUCAAUGAAUGUUGUCGUACCAGUACGUCUGUCAAUUGGAGAUAUUUUGAGACCGAAUAUCGUUCUGAAUAUUCUAAAUUAUUGACUGCUAGUAAGUUUGAUAAGAGUGAUUACGAAGGAAUGUUGGGUCCAUUAUGUAAUGCAUGCUUUUUAUUUUACAAGAAUAAAGGGUUUAUGAGACCAGAACAUGUGGUUCGAAAAUAUAUUCAUCAGCAACGUUACAAUGCAAAACUUCGUAACAAGAAACAAAAAGAGGAUCAACCAAUUAAUAAAUUGGAUGCUGUUGCUGGGAAAAAACUUGCAUCUGGUGCAUCAAUGUCAUUGAAUUCGGCUGCACCUAUAUCAUCUCCGGGCGCUAAUUUCCCAGCUCCAACUCAUACACCAUCUGCAAUUAAUCAAGUGAUACAAAAUAAAGCUACUUCCAACUUUCCUCCAAAUAGUAUAAGUUAUGAUCCAACUCCACCGGGGUUCACUCCAGACUAUCUGGAUUUAUUGCAUCAAAUAAAUGUUUAUGGUGGUCCAUCAACAGAUAUUGAUCCAUUGCCAGGUGCAACUCCUCCAAUGGUUGCAACCAAAUCAAAUACUAGGGUCAUUAAUGUUGAUGAAGUUGAAAAUCCAAAAAAAGCAACUAAAUUAAAUACAAGAGUAAUUGGUAUUCCAUCUAAUGAAAAUGAUGAUGAAAACAAAGAAAAUUGUCCUCCUCCUGUUCCUACAUCUUUGGGUCAACAACAGUCAUCUACUAUUCCAACAACAUCCAUUACUGCUCCACCAACAGAUCCACCAAUUAGAGAUCAGGAUUAUGAUCAAAUCCUUCAUUCAUUGAAUGAAAAUACUACUGAUUGGAUGAAUUUCUUUUCAUCUCCUAAAAAUAGAAAUAGUCCAAAUUCAAAAACUCCAGUAGAUAUUCAAAAUGGAUUAACGACUCAGAAAUCACCAACUAAAAACUCCUCAUCUAAUAAUAACAAUGUGUCUACAAAAUCAAUGGCUAAUAUGCCUUCGUCACCUUAUCAAUCUUCAAAUUUAUUACCAUCUGAUGACCAAGAUCAAAAAGAAUUAAAUGAUGAAAUUAAUAAAAUGAUCAACAUAAGUCCAUUUAAAUCAACUCCAGAAAAAGCCAAUCGUUUAGAUACAACUACCCUGAUGAUGUCAUUACAUCAAACUAAUAAAGGUAAAUCUGGAUCUUCUCCAUCUACCGAUUUCUUUACUGAUGAAUUGCAUAAAAUUAGUAACAAGUAUGAUAAUGAAAUCGAUAAAGAAAAUGAUCUUCUAGAAGGUUGA